UUCCUUUGUUUUUCCGUCUCUCAGCCUCUCAGCUCUGUUUGACGGCGGCUCACUGUUUUCCUUUUUUUUUUAUUUCAACAUUUUUUUAAUGAUGGCGGAGGACAGUGAAUCCGCGGCCAGCCAGCAGAGCCUGGAGCUGGACGACCAGGACACCUGCGGGAUAGACGGAGACAACGAGGAGGAGAACGAGCAUAUGCAGGGCAGCCCGGGCGGAGACCUGGGAGCCAAGCGGAAGAAGAAGAAGCAGAAGAGGAAGAAAGAGAAGCCGAGCUCGGGGGGAGCCAAGUCCGACUCCGCGUCCGACUCUCAGGAGAUCAAGAACCCUGGUCUGCCCAUUCAGAAGCUGCAGGACAUCCAAAGAGCCAUGGAGCUGCUGUCCUGCCAGGGCCCAGCGAAGAGCAUCGAUGAGGCAGCCAAGCACAAGUACCAGUUCUGGGACACUCAGCCUGUCCCGAAGUUAAAUGAAGUUGUGACGAGUCACGGGCCAAUUGAAGCCGACAAAGAAAACAUCAGACAGGAGCCAUAUUCUUUACCUCAAGGCUUUAUGUGGGACACUCUGGAUCUCAGUAAUGCAGAUGUACUCAAGGAACUGUACACAUUGUUAAAUGAAAACUACGUGGAAGAUGACGAUAACAUGUUCAGAUUUGAUUAUUCACCAAGCUUUCUCAAAUGGGCUCUACGUCCACCUGGCUGGUUACCACAGUGGCAUUGUGGAGUGAGAGUGUCCUCCAAUAAGAAGCUUGUGGGUUUCAUCAGUGCCAUUCCUGCAGAUAUACGCAUCUACGACACGUUGAAGAAGAUGGUAGAAAUCAACUUCUUAUGUGUCCAUAAGAAGCUGCGUUCAAAGCGUGUCGCCCCAGUGCUAAUCAGAGAGAUCACACGGAGGGUGAAUUUAGAAGGAAUAUUUCAGGCAGUGUACACAGCUGGAGUCGUACUGCCUAAACCUGUGUCUACAUGCAGGUACUGGCAUCGCUCUUUGAACCCUAGGAAGCUCGUGGAAGUUAAAUUCUCCCAUCUGAGCAGAAACAUGACCCUGCAAAGAACCAUGAAACUCUACAGACUACCAGAUAGCACCAAGACUCCAGGUCUGAGGCCGAUGGAGAGGCGUGACAUCCGCCAGGUUACCGAGCUGCUACAGAAAUUCUUGAGACGUUUCCAGCUCGCACCUUCGAUGGGCGAAGAGGAGGUGGUUCACUGGUUCCUACCACAGGACAACAUAAUCGACACAUAUGUAGUAGAGGGUGCCGGUGGCGUUCUGACAGAUUUCACUAGUUUCUACACUUUGCCCUCGACCGUGAUGCAUCAUCCUCUCCAUAGGACCCUGAAGGCCGCUUACUCUUUUUACAAUGUUCAUACACAAACCCCGCUACUGGACUUAAUGAAUGAUGCACUGAUCCUGGCCAAACUGAAAGGCUUUGAUGUGUUCAACGCCUUGGAUCUAAUGGAGAAUAAGGUGUUUCUGGAGAAGCUCAAGUUUGGCAUAGGAGAUGGAAAUCUGCAGUAUUACCUCUACAACUGGAAAUGUCCCCCGAUGGACCCUGAUAAGGUCGGCCUUGUCCUCCAGUAGCAGCUCCCUCGCUGGCCGCUACACAAACAUGAGAGGUCGCCGGUGACCUCCGGAUAUUCUUACCUGGACGCACAGGUAGCCCGAGCUAGACAAUGAGAACUACAACAAAAAAAACGACAACCUGGUGACAGCGAGGAGGUCACCAAGAACAUUUCUCAGUUCACCCGGAGGUGAAAACUCUUAAAUCAUCAACAUCCUGAAUGUGAAGUCAUGCUAUGCCUGAGAUACUCAUACAACAAGUACAACGCUCCUGACAUGCGCACUCACAUUUAAAACACACACACACACACACACACACACACCUGUUUGACAUUCAAGAGGAUGCCUUGACAUUGUGACUUUUGUUUUCGUUCUCCUUCCUCCGCUGUCACAAGGAACUGGCAUGUCAUUCCAUUUCACCUACAUGGAACUAUGUAAAUGAUAAUCAACAGGUAAACACAACCAGAUACAAACGGCAAUUUUUCUUUUUCCUGUCCAGACGUUGGGUUCUCGUGCUUCACUACUACUACUACUUCUUAUCGUUCCCGUUUCAUAUCAUCAGUCAGGUGUCUCUACUGGCUGUUUUUGGGCCUCGGUAGAUUAGAAAGAAGAGCAAGAAGGUGUUUCUGACGCAUAAACAAACACAGUUUUUUUUUUAAAUAUCUCAACUUUUAACUGACAAUUUACAAACACGUGGAACAAAAAGUGAAUCUUCGCAGAUGGAACUUGAUAUACACGUUUUGGGUUUUUUUUGUUAAACAAAAAUAUAUAGUUAACUGUACAUUUAAAGCCAGAUCAUAUUUAUUCCUGUAGUAUGAGUUUUUGUGGGUUCAGGAGGGCUGAUCCAAAGUAUUUUUUCCUCAUAAGUAGAGUAGAAGUCUCUGUUCAACGUGGGAUUCAGCGGUUUUUAAAUGACGAAUGUAUUGUAUUGAUGAAGCACAAUUUCCGAGUUCAAAUACAGACUGGUACACGCUGAACGACGGCGGUUUUUAGCCGUUUUUUUACGUUACGAAGCUGUUUCUGGAGCUGCUUUUUGAAAUAAAACAACUGUAGGUACAUUUACGGUUACAUUUGAGCAGAUAUUUGCAGUUGAGUUUGUGCAUGUUAGCCGCAAAAAGUAAAACUAGCUGAAUGAAGUGAAGCUGAUAGGAGAGUGAAAUUACACCAUUAAAGGCAAGAGAAGACGGAUUUUGUGCAAAGAAACAGUUUGCCUAGAGACAGUUUUAUAAUGUAAAAAUGGCUGAUUUGCUUUGAAAUGUUCUCAGUUCAGUUAUUCAGAGAAACCAUCAUCAUCCAGCUGUAAACGUCCAUCCGCUCACCUGCAGUCGGAUGUUAAAUCUUAACAAAACUGAAGAGAAUCGAGCACAACAUUCAAAGGAACCUGAGGAAGGAUUUAAUAAAAGCAGAUGCAGCGGUUUGAUAAAUAAAACCCUGCAUCAGCUCAAAGCUUGUCCGGUUGUCCAGGUUAAUUUUUAAUCUCUGGAUUUAUUUUUUAACGGUAUUGUAUUUUGUGUGUCGGAAAAUUAAAACGUAGGUCUUUUUUUUUUUUUUUAUUUAGUGUGUUGUGCAGCUAAAUGCAGUUCUGAUAUUUAUAAUUGUACCUUUUUAAAAAUGUCUUAAGAAGACAUUGUUUCUGUUCUCUUUUUUUCUUCCUAAAAAUUCCAGUUAAAUAGGCGACUUCAGGACUGAAUUCUGAGACAGGAUGAGGCUGUUUCUGAAAAAAAAAUCGUCUUUUUCGCUUUGAGUUAUUUAAACGUUCAAUGUUUCUGUUCACGUGCAGAACUUAAGAGGUCAAAAGGCUGCUUCUGUUUCUUUGUCUUUUGGUAUUUAAUGUCAUUUCCCUUUAUAAACAAGCCAGAAAAGGACAAGCGAUGGUCAGUUAAAGCUUCAUGGUUCGAGGGUUUUGUUCCUUUUUUUUUACGGUCGAAUGUGUUGCAUUCGGAGACGGACGGCAUUAAUUUAACACCGAACAUGGGUUAGUGAGUCGACAGUGUGCCUCAUGGAUGUUGUCGUGUCCCAGAUGUGUUGCCUGCAGCUGUUUGAAUGAGCAUGAGUCGCUGCCGUGUCGAUGUAAACUAGACGCACCCUUUACCUGGAGUUACCUGCCUUAUUUAAAAGUUGAUUUUGUUGUUUUUAAAAAGACUCGGAGGUGGGGCGAGCGCUGGGGUGUACUUUAAAAAAAGAAAAACGUCAUACAGCUUUCUCUAACUGAAGAACAAUAUUUUUAUUCAACUCCAUUGUAAGCUGUGAAAAAGCUGAAGAACUUGUACCAGCAUCAUUUAGACAUGAGCCCAUGCAAAUAACAAUCUGUUUCAACACACACACGUCAGCUAUACCAGCAUGGAUGUUUGAUUGAAUAAACUCACUUCAAAAAGGA